AGCCAGUCCACGGCAACAUUAGAGGAGAGAAAGCAGAGGAGGCGUGUGUGUGUGUGAGAGUGUGUGUGUGUGUGUGCUGAGCAGUGAGAGUAAAAGCACAGUGACUUCUCUUUUUUGUGGAGUGUUGGUGGCUCAGUGUGUGUCAGUGUGUGUGUGAGAGAAGACAGAGGAGCAGAGUACAUGUGUGUCUGUGUUGUUGAAGGAGAUGCUGCUGGGUGUGAUGGCUCUUUUGCGUUAGCAUUUGUGCGGACAGGAGAGUUGGAGGCAGUUGUUUUGUGGGACUCGCGGGGAAUGGCAAACUCCACGGUAUCCUUGGAAACAUCCGACUAAAUGACAAUGGCCGAGGCGAUCUGCUGCACUUUGGUGAACUGUAACUGCGACAGCUUCAAGCCUGGGAAGCUGAAGAGGAGGCAGUGUGAAAACUGCAAGCAUGGCUGGGUAGCACACGCCCUGAGUAAACUGAAGGUGCACCACAUGUACCAGAGCAGCCAGGUGGAGAUUGUGCACUCCAACGUGGUGUUCGAUAUCUGCAGCCUGAUGCUGUACGGCACCCAGGCCAUCCCCAUCCGCCUCAAGAUCCUCCUGGACCGCCUGUUCUCUGUCCUCAAGCAGGAGGAGGUCAUCCAGAUCCUCAACGCACUCGACUGGACGCUGCAGGACUACAUACGAGGAUAUGUGCUCCAGGAUAUAGCAGGAAAGGUACUGGACCGCUGGGCCAUCAUGACGUUCGAGGAGGAGAUUGCCACGCUGCAGCAGUUCCUGCGUUUCGGCGAGACCAAGUCCAUAGUGGAGCUGAUGGCUCUGCAGGACAAGGAGGGCCAGGCGGUGUUGGUUCCCAGCACCCGCACCAACUCAGACAUCCGCACUUUCAUCGAGCGCAACACCCCACGCACCGCUGCCAACCUCUCCACAUCCAAAGUUGAAAAGCUGAGCAGCAGCAGCAUGCACCACUUUGAGAACUUUGUCAACAGCAUGGCGUUCAUGCUGCCCUUCCAGCUGUUAGGCUCUGUUCCUGCACCGUUUCUGGGCUCACCGACCGGGGCACCACAGCAGCAGCAGCAGCACCAGCAACACCAGCAGCACCAGCAGCCAUGCCGCGGGUCAAUGGAGCAGCAGACUCAGAGAAGAGACGAUCAGUGUCGGGAUGGUUUAGGGAGGGACAACCCGCUCUCUCUUUCACACCCUCCAGAGAACAGCCUGCUGGGAUCCAGCUCCGUCUCAUAUGCUGGUGAUCUCGACCGAAGUGGAGACAAGACGAUGGACAGCCUCUCCACCACCACUAAGAUCGAGGCAGAGGACUUCUCCACGAGUGACAACUACUCAGAUGGACCCUCCACACCGUGCACACCCUCUAUGAGCUCUGAUGUAACACAGAUGUCCCCCGACGGAAAGCUGCGCUCUCUGGACAGGAAUGGGAGCGGCGGUGGAGGGGUCUCAGGAGGCGGUGGGGGAGGAUGCUCUCUGAAGAAGGGUCGCGUGUUUUGCAACGCCUGUGAGAAGACAUUCUACGACAAAGGCACGCUGAAAAUCCACUACAACGCAGUGCACCUGAAGAUCAAGCACAAGUGUACCAUUGAGGGCUGCAACAUGGUGUUCAGCUCGCUGCGCAGCCGCAAUCGCCACAGUGCCAACCCCAACCCGCGGCUACACAUGCCUAUGAACCGCAACAACCGGGACAAAGACCUGCGGGGCAGCUUGUCUGCUGACGAGAGCUCUCAAGGAGAGAAGAGGCCUGAAUAUGGAACCCCCAUCCCUGUCUGCUCCUCAGAAAGCCAUAAGUCAGUGCCCAGCUACAUGGUGAGCCAUGUGGACACCGGCUCUAAACUCCACAGCAGCUCAUUCCCCAGCAUGGGCCAGAGUGGCAUCCUCUUCCCUAACCUUAAAACAGUACAGCCAGUCCUGCCUUUCUACCGCAGCCUGGUGACCCCGGCCGAGCUCGCCAACACCCCAGGAACACUCCCCUCCCUCCCUCUGUUAUCCUCCUCUGUGCCCAUCAAACCCAUCAUGGCCCCUGAACCCUGCAUUACAGACCCUAUACCAAAGAAAAAGUCUCGCAAGUCAAGCAUGCCAAUAAAGAUAGAGAAGGAAGUGGUGGAGCGAGAUGAGCAGAUGGAUAAGGGGAGCAGCUCUGAGGACGAGGCUCCUCUACAGGGCAGGGACAGGGAGGAGUGUGAUGGAGGUCGAGCAGAGGGGCACAUGUGUGCUGGGGAGGAGAGGGAGGCCAGAGGGGCUUACGCUGGUGAAGAGAAGGAAAGAAAGGGCGCCAAGCAUCUGUUGGACCAAACUUUAGACAGAGAAAUGACAGCGAGGGAGGAUAAAGAUGACGGGCUGAGGCAAGCUGAAACAGGGGUCAUCACCUGCGCAUCCUCCCCCUUUGAGGACAGACUGAUGGACAAUCACUGUGACAACAAUUUACUCAGUCAGGAACCCAAUGGCAACGAAGAGCGGGAGGACAGGGAGCAUGCUAACACUGACAAGAUGUCAGAGCUCAGAUGGGAUGAGGGUGAGCACAGGCUGACUAACGGGGGCGCUCUCCAGCUCAUAGACCGUGAGAGGGAGGGAUCGGACGGCUGCGUGGACAACUCCGAUCUGUCUCAACUCGACCCCAACGCUGACCUGCCACACCACUGUGAGAUCUGCAGUAAGACCUUUAAGAACCCCUACAGCGUCAAGAUGCACUACCAAAAUGUCCACCUGAAGGAGAUGCACAUGUGCACGGUGGACGGCUGCAACGCCGCCUUCCCCUCCCGCAGGAGCCGAGACAGACACAGUGCGAAUUUGAACCUGCACCACAAGCUGCUGACCAAAGACUCAUUCAGCCCAGCCAACACCCUGUACCUGCCCUCAUCCCACUGUAAAGACAGAGACUCUGUUGGCCUGGACUACUACCAGGACCAGCGGGACCUGCUCCAUCGAGAACCAACCAGCCAGACCUCUGUCAUCUUCCGAGGACACAAUCGCAUGGGCCUGGUCUUCCCAAUGAGCAAAAUGUCCACUGCACCAAACAGUGCUGAAGCAUCUCCCCUGGGAGAGAUGGAGGGAUUAGGAGGAGGAGGAGGAGGAGGAGGUGGAAGUGGGGAGGAUGGGGCAGUCCUGGACCUGAGCACCUCCUCCGCCGCUCCACCUCGCGGCGGCGGCAGUGCUCGAUCUUCCUGGGACUCAGAUGGUGCCGGCAGUGAGGAAGGGGAAGGGAUUGAAGAGGAUGAGGAGGCGCUCCCCAUGGAGGACAGUGAGGAAAGCUGCGAUGGGAUGGGUGUGGGGGGGCCUGGGGGCGAGGAGUUGGCACUCGGGGGAGAGAGGACCCUGAGCUGCAUUGGGAAUGGGCAAGGCGGACUUCAGGGAGGUGGGGGUGGAUCUCCGAUAACCUGCCACGUCUGCCAAAAGGUCUACAGCAACAAGGGCACGUUCAGAGCUCAUUACAAGACUGUCCAUCUGCGACUGCUUCACAAAUGUAAAGUCCCCGGCUGCGACACGUCCUUCUCCUCGGUGCGAAGUCGAAACAGGCACAGCCAGAACCCGAACCUUCACAGGAACCUAGCUGUUAGUUCAGGUGCCACCAUGGACCAGGAGUAGGGAUGUGAGCUCAUACGCCAACAUGACUGAUUUUCCUAAUUGUCUUUUUGUUGUUGUUGUUGUUUUUGGGCACCUAAAGAAGGCUCACCAAUUAGCACUUUUUAAAUUCCACACCGUCGUCCAUCCUGUCAUCAUAUUUCAGAGAAAGAGGAGCAAAAACAAGUACAGAGUUCUUCUGCUGUGACAAAUGAAACUCGAUUUUGUAACAAAUAAUUUUUUCUGCAAGGCAAAAAUUUGAUAAAGCUUUUCACACACCUAUCUGUGUUUACACAUCAACACACAAAGAAUAACUGAAACAAUCACUUGUCAGUAAAUUAAUUUUCAACAUUGAGAAAUACGACCUUAAAGGAACAGUGUGAAGGAUUUAGUGGCAUCUAGUGGUGAGGAUUGCAGAUUGCAACCAGCUGAAACUUCUCCCAUGUGCCGAACGUAAACUCAACAGUGAACCAUUAACCGUCAAUGAGUUAACAAUAUUUUUGAGCGGUUACACGUCAUGCUAUGGGUUAAUUUUGCUACUCUGCAGUUUAACAUUACUGGGCUGUGCACCACCCAGGUCUGGUGGGAGCUAGCCAACUAGCGGCACUGCUCAUUUGGCGAUUACCGCCAGUAACGCCAUCCCAACCCACCAACCCUGCCGUGGAAACAUUGUGCCCACCCUCCGGUCUCGGCCCAGCUCCUCCUGGUGAGUAAGUGGCUCAAUUUUGAACUGUUAAACCUUCACUGUUAGCUUUGGUGCCACCCUUAGCGGUGUCGCAGGGCUAGUGGUGCCAACAUACUUAACAGUGCUGAAAGAGUACUGUGGCUUGAAAUGAAGCCACUUACUCACCGGGAUGACCUCAGGGGUGACCGGAGGGUGGGCACAAUGCCUCCGCAGCAAUGCGUUCUGCCACUGGGACGACGUUACAAGCUGUAAUUGAGAAAAUGAGUGGUGCUGCUAGCUAGCUAACAUUAGCUUCCACCCAAACCAGGUGGUUUGCCCAAGGAACCAGAGAUCGGAGGGUAUGCAGUGGGCUCGUUUCCACAUGUUAACAUGGCUGGCCUGCUGUCUGACAGCAAAGCCAACAGAAAUAAAAAAAAGAAGACAUUUAUAUCACAAAACAUGAAAAUUUCACCACCUCUAAAUGAUGGCGCUAAAGCUCACUGAGGCAAAGGAGUUUAGGCUUAAAGAUAAGGUUUCUUGUAUUUCACGUCUUUUUUUAUUUUUUUUUGGCAUCCCUAAUAUUUAAUAUCUGCCAGUAUAUUCCCCUAAAUCUCACACACUGGACCUUUAAUGAGUCUCAAUCUUUUGUUGUAACGCAGUACUGAUUUCUUUGCUUUGGUUUACCUACAGCCCAGGUUAGACUUAAAAAAAUCAUUAGUAUGAACUGAAUUUGUCCUUGUGUUGUCCAGGUGAGAGUUGAGCCAUGAAACUGUGUCAUGGGAGUUAUUUUUUCUGGUGUUUUUGUUGUCACAUGUCCACAUCUUCCCUGUGAAGCUGUGCUAAAAUGUAUUGAUCAAAAGCAGUAGUGAAGUAACAUGUGUCUCCAUGUGUCAUUUCAUCCAUCUGGACAUUCAAAAAUAGUCUUUGUUGAGAAGCUAUAGUGUUGUGAGCUUGACCAAUAAGUUAUUGUAUGGUGUUAAAUAUGAUCCGUCUUUACUGUUCUGGUUGUUGCAUAACUGCUAAUGUUGACCAAAGAUUUUUUCAGUCCACAGGUGUGUAUAGAAACCCCUUCGUACCGUGUGAGGGGUAUGCAGUAUUAAAAGGGCCCGCCCACUCGUGUCUCAUCUACUUUGUGAUUAACAGCAGUGUUAAGGGGUGGGCUCGGUUGUAAAAUAAAAUCCACCUAAAACACAAAUAAAACAGAACAAAAAACUGCUUUUGACUGAUCGCGGUGAAAAAAAUCUUGAUUUCGGUGGUGUUUUUGUAAAGAAACCUGCUCGUGGGACUAGACUUGAUUAAGGCAUUGCUCUUGUAUUAUUUGUGUGGUUGCUUGCAGUAUCCUGACUGACUGGACCAACAGCAGGAAGAGACGCUGUGUCUGGAGGCUAGAAGCAUGUACUGUGAAUGAGUCAAACACUGAGAAAUAAUAAUAAAAAAUGCAAUUUAUAAGAACGGCCCCACACAUGAGCACACCCUAAAAAAAAGAACUGGUAAACAAAAUGUUUAUUGAACUGUAUAUUCUGUGAAUAGAGUAAUUUGUUAUCUGAAAGAAACCAAAAAAUAUACUGUAUAAAAUAGGUAAAUUUCACCACUAACAUUACAUGUUUGUUUUGUUUUUCUAAAAAUGAAUGAACAAGAACAUUGUGUUGUACAUGUCUGAUUAUUUUACACAUGGUCUACUGUUCUGGUUUUGCUCUGCAUAUUUUUUUUUCACUCUGUAUUUAAAUGCAAUGGGUCGGAUUUAAGAUCCCAUCUGUUUGUUGUUUGGAUUUGUUAAAAAAGAAAAAGAAAAACAGGAGCAAAACUGACAUUUGUUGAUAGGUGUUCAUGUUUCCUUUGAUUUAGUGUUACAAUAUUCAUUCCAAUUAAAUAAAAAGCCAUAUGUUUGCAAGCCUCACUCCAUUCAAUUUUCUACCCAUUAAACAAAUAAACACAAUCAUUACUUGUA